AUGGAAGGAGAAAUCAUGGUGAACGCCACGGUGAAUAGCAGCACGAUGGACGUCCACCUGGUCACCCACAGCCUGUGGGAGGUGAUCACCAUCGCGACUGUGUCCGCUAUCGUCAGCCUCAUCACCAUCGUGGGGAAUGUUCUCGUGAUGCUCUCCUUUAAGGUCAACAGCCAACUGAAGACAGUGAAUAACUACUACCUGCUGAGUCUGGCAGCUGCUGACCUCAUCAUUGGUGUUUUCUCCAUGAAUCUGUACACCUCUUACAUACUGAUGGGCUACUGGGCCUUGGGGAACCUGGCCUGUGACCUGUGGUUGGCUCUGGACUACGUAGCCAGUAACGCUUCUGUCAUGAACCUGCUGGUGAUCAGUUUUGACAGAUAUUUCUCCAUCACCAGGCCUCUGACCUACAGGGCCAAGCGGACCCCCAAACGAGCCGGGAUCAUGAUAGGUUUAGCCUGGCUGGUGUCCCUCAUUCUGUGGGCUCCACCUAUUCUGUGCUGGCAAUAUUUUGUUGGAAAAAGGACUGUUCCUGAGAGGCAAUGCCAGAUCCAGUUUUUCUCAGAGCCUGUAAUAACCUUUGGGACGGCAAUCGCAGCCUUUUACAUCCCCGUAUCAGUCAUGACAAUCCUCUACUGUCGAAUCUACAAGGAGACAGAAAAGAGGACGAAGGAUCUGGCGGAGCUUCAGGGGAUUAACUAUCCUACAGACUCUGGGGUGGCUCAGCCUCAGAAGACCAUCAUUAGAUCCUGUUUUAGCUGUAAACUAAGAUCAGCUUCGCACGACAGGAACCAGGCCUCCUGGUCAUCCUCCAGCAGGAGCAACGCUGCCAAAUCAGCAGCCACCACCAAUGAUGAGUGGUCCAAAGCCGGCCAGCUCACCACCUUUAACAGCUACGCCUCCUCGGAGGAUGAGGACAGGCCGGUGUCCCCUGGUGGCUUCCAGGCUUCCUCCUUCAGAAACCAGGCCUGCGAGGCCGGCAAAAGCGGAGUGGGCAGCGAAAGCGAGCAGCUCAGCAGCUACGACGAAGACAGUUUCUUCACGACACCACCCAAAAGCAGCUCCCAGAGGAGCAGCAAGUGUGUGUCGUACAAGUUUAAACCUGUGGCCAAAGAUACUCAUGUGGAGCACCAAAGCAAAAACGGAGACACCAAAAUGGCGUCAUCGACGUUCUCCUCGGCCGAGUCCAUGAGCGCUCCGUCCACCUCCUCGACCUCUAAGCCCAUAGACGCUACGCUGAAAAACCAGAUCACUAAGAGGAAGAGGAUGGUGCUGAUCAAGGAGAGGAAAGCAGCUCAGACUCUCAGCGCCAUCCUGCUGGCCUUCAUCCUAACAUGGACGCCUUACAACAUCAUGGUGCUGAUUUCCACCUUCUGCUCAGACUGCAUCCCCCUCUCCCUCUGGCAUCUGGGCUACUGGCUGUGCUACGUCAACAGCACCGUCAAUCCCAUGUGCUAUGCCCUUUGCAACAAGACUUUUCAAAAGACCUUUCGCAUGCUCUUACUCUGCCAGUGGAAAAAGAAAAGGAUUGAGGAGAAGCUCUACUGGUAUGGACAAAACCCUGUGGUGAGCUCCAAACUGACAUGA